AUGUCUUCUUCCUCUCCAGCGUCCUCCUUCGAGCGAUGGCGACGAAAGGCCAUGCUCAUCACCGGUCUUGGCGUUACGGAGGACGAGCGGCUGGAGUAUCUCAUGGAGCAAUCCCGCCUCUCUUGUGAAGAAAAGAAACUUCGCUUUAUGGAACGCAGUCCCUCUGUUGUGUUCAUGCUCCAACACCUCAGGGCUGCCGGCUGCGAACUGCCACCUUCAAAUAUCAUUUGCGCCCCCUGCGACAAGCGCUCGGCGGGUGGCUUCAACCCCGAGCAAGGCGCCAUCGUCCUCUGCCAAGGUGUCUUUUUCGGUGACGCACAUAUGGAGAAUACUAUGGUCCACGAAAUGAUACACAUGUUCGACCAAUGCCGCUUCAAAGUCGACUGGAUGAAUCUCAGGCAUCACGCGUGCAGUGAGAUUCGUGCGAAUAGUUUGAGUGGCGAUUGCAGGUUUUCGCGGGAGUUGAGGAUAGGCUCGUUGGCGUUUACGAAGCACCACCAAGACUGUGUGCGACGACGCGCCAUAACAUCUGUUUCCCGAAACGUCAUGUGUCCGGACCAAGCGACCGCAGAAAAGGUGGUCAAUGAGGUUUUCGAGAGCUGCUUCAAGGAUACUCGACCAUUUGAUGAGAUAUAUUGA